CAAAGUCUCAAACACCUCAACCAUCUUCGUCCAAACAACACGAUCCGCAAUCGUAUACGUCUCAAUUUCCUGAACCGGAUGAAUCAUACUCGACCUCUCAACUAAAUACACAGCAAUCCUAUACGUCUCAAUUUUCUCAACCAUAUGCAUCACAAUCUUUAUCUCAACCAUUUACGCAAUAUGCUUCCCAAUCACACGCUUCGAAUGCGUCUCAAUCAUUUUCCGCUCAAACAUCAAACAAAUUAUAUACGUCGCAGCCAUCAUCACGUUCGCCUUCGACUCAUCCAUACGAGUCGCUUCAAUCUUAUAAGUCGCAACCAUAUGCGUCGCAAUCUUCUUCACCACCUAAUUCAAGAUCACCAACACCUCAAUUGGUUACAAAAAUAGAACCCGACGAAGAGCAAUUGUCAUUGGAUGAAGAGGACGAAGAGAAUUUUUCAGAUGAAGAGGUAUUUAAAAAAGGAAAGUCGGCAUUCCGUGAGGGGAUAACAAGAUUACUCGCGAAAGGGAAACUUUCAGAAGAACAGUCGCUUACUCCAGAAGGGGAAUCUUUCUUAGAAACAACUAAUGAAAGUGCUUCCAUACAACCAUCACAACAGAUGGAAUAA